UACAGGGCCGCCACAGGAUGAAACUUCAAGCAACUCUAAAGGCUGAAAGAGCAGUUGGAACAAUUAGGGUGGCAGAGAGCAAAAAGUCAAGGUUACAACCGUCCAAGAAAGGAAGGAGAAGAUAUUUGCGGAGGCUGUAGGAAAAAAACAGGCUACAGAGUUGCAAAGGGAGAAGCAGCAGGAGUUGGCAGGAGACUGUAGGUGUUAGGUAAACAAGAGGGGUCAAAGAUUAUUCUAAUGUUCUCCUAACAUGAACAACCACAAAACUGGUUGAGAUUGAAUCAGUUUGGUAAAAGGCAGAAUUUCGGGAAAGAAGAUCUGUUUUGCCAAGUGUCAUUUAAAAUGUCAACCAGAUGCUCGGUGUGAUAUAUGGAAAGAUGUUAUACUUAGCCUGAUCUGAGAGGGAAAGUUCAGAUGCCACAAUAAUGGGUUACUGUGACACAUACACAUUUGUUUACCAAACAACGGAUCCCUCAGAAAACGCUCCUUCCCUCGGUAGCUAGGGACAUUGCGGAGCCGCAGGACUACGUUUCCCACGUCGCCCCACGCCACACCCACUUGGCCUCUCCGGAAAGACGUCCCAGGAGCCUCUGGGCGUAGAGCCCCGCCUCCGCCGCUGGGGGAGGGGCGACGCCAAGCUCGGGAGCACCCGGUUACGCACUUCCUCCCGGGGUCGGAGGCCGAUUCGCCGUGUGGCGGGUUCGAGUCCCGCCUCCUGACUCUGGCCUCUAGCCCCUGAGUCCCGGGCGGGGUGCAUUCGCCGGGGAAACCUCUCCUCGACCACGGGCACCUCUCCUCGACCAGGGGCGACGGCGUACUUUGGGCUUCAUCAUGGAGGACUACCUUCAGGAUUGUCGAGCUGCUCUACAGGAGUCCCGACCUCUACAUGUUGUGCUGGGAAAUGAAGCCUGUGAUUUGGACUCUGUGGUGUCUGCUCUCGCCCUGGCUUUUUACCUAGCAAAGACAACUGAGGCCGAGGAAGUCUUUGUGCCAGUUUUAAAUAUAAAACGUUCUGAGCUACCUCUGCGAGGUGACAUUGUCUUCUUUCUUCAGAAGGUUCAUAUUCCAGAGAGUAUCUUAAUUUUUCGGGAUGAGAUUGACCUCCAUGCAUUACACCAGGCUGGCCAACUCACCCUCAUCCUUGUCGACCAUCAUAUCUUACCCAAAAGUGACACAGCCCUAGAGGAGGCAGUAGCAGAGGUGCUAGACCAUCGACCCAUCGAGCAGAAACACUGCCCUCCCUGCCAUGUUUCAGUUGAGCUGGUGGGGUCCUGCGCUACCCUGGUGACUGAGAGAAUCCUGCAGGGGGCACCAGAGAUCUUGGACAGGCAAACUGCAGCCCUUCUGCAUGGAACCAUCAUCCUGGACUGUGUCAACAUGGACCUUAAAAUUGGAAAGGCAACCCCAAAGGACAGCAAAUAUGUGGAGAAACUAGAAGCCCUUUUCCCAGACCUACCCAAGAGAAAUGAUAUAUUUGAUUCCCUACAAAAGGCAAAGUUUGAUGUAUCAGGACUGACCACUGAGCAGAUGCUGAGAAAGGACCAGAAGACUAUCUAUAGACAAGGCGUCAAGGUGGCCAUUAGUGCAGUAUAUAUGGAUUUGGAGGCCUUUCUGGAGAGGUCUAACCUCCUUGCAGAUCUCCAUGCUUUCUGCCAGGCUCACAGCUACGAUGUCCUGGUCGCCAUGACUAUCUUUUUCAACACUCACAAUGAGCCAGUGCGGCAGUUGGCUAUUUUCUGUCCCCAUGUGGCACUCCGAACAACGAUCUGUGGAGUCCUGGAAUGCUCCCACUCUCCACCCCUGAAGCUGACCCCUGCCUCAAGCACCCACCCUAACCUCCAUGCCUAUCUUCAAGGCAACACCCAGGUCUCUCGGAAGAAACUUCUGCCCCUGCUCCAGGAAGCCCUGUCAGUGUAUUUUGACUCCAUGAAGAUCCCUUCAGGACAGCCUGAGACAGCAGAUGUGUCCAGGGAGCAGGUGGACAAGGAAUUGGACAGGGCAAGUAACUCCCUGAUUUCUGGACUGAGUCAAGAUGAGGAGGACCCUCCGCUGCCCCCCACGCCCAUGAACAGCUUGGUGGAUGAGUGCCCUCUAGAUCAGGGGCUGCCUAAACUCUCCGCUGAGGCUGUCUUUGAGAAGUGCAGUCAGAUCUCACUGUCACAGUCUACCACAGCCUCCCUGUCCAAGAAAUGACUGUUGAGAAGGGAGGAGGUAGUGGGUGAGGCUACCUGACUCACUUCAAAUGCAUGUUUUGAGAUGUUUGGAGAUUCAGCAAUUCUGUCUUCAUUGCUCCAGGAUCUGGUAUACUGUUCUCAUAAAACUGAGAGGAGAAAAAAAGUGAAAGCAGCUGCUUUAAGAAUGGCUUUCCACCUUUUCCCCCUAAUCUCUACCAAUCAAAUUUUUUUUUUUUUUUGAGACGGAGUCUUGCUCUGUCACCCAGGCUGGAGUGCAGUGGCCGGAUCUCAGCUCACUGCAAGCUCCGCCUCCCGGGUUUACGCCAUUCUCCUGCCUCAGCCUCCCGAGUAGCUGGGACUACAGGCGCCCGCCACCUCGCCCGGCUAUUUUUUUUGUAUUUUUUAGUAGAGACGGGGUUUCACCGUGUUAGCCGGGAUCGUCUCUCGAUCUCCUGACCUCGUGAUCCGCCCGUCUCGGCCUCCCAAAGUGCUGGGAUUACAGGCUUGAGCCACCGCGCCCGGCCUCAAAUUUUAUUUAAAUCUGCACCUCUGUCUAUUUUAUUUGCCAGGGGCGCGAUGUGACACAUCUGCAGUCCCAGCACAGUGGGACAAAGAGAAUGUAGUCCCCAAAAGUGUCCUCAGCUUGGAUCUUGAACAGAACCAAUAUCUGUCAUGGAACUGAACUUUCAUUGAUGGUCUCCAUGUAUUCAUUUAUUCACUUAUUCAUUCAAGUAUUUAUUGAAUACCUGCCUCAAGCUAGAGAGAAAAGAGAGUGCACUUUGGAAACUUAUUCCAGUGUUCACCCUACAGCAGAUUGCUAGCUCAAUGACUUUUCUUUUUGCCACCAUUUAGGUGAUGGCAUUUGAUUCAGAGAUCGCUGAAUUUCUAUUCUGAGCUUACUGUGACUGUUUCAGAUCUAGUUUGGGAGAAGAUUAGAGGCCAUUGUCUUCUGUCCUGAUCAGGUGGCCUGGCUGUUUCUUUGAACCCUUCUGUCCCAGAGCCACCCAGAACCCUGAUUCUUGAGAAUCAAGAAACCACCUAGAAAGGCCUUAAUGACCUCACAGGCACUCUUCCAAAAAGACAGCAUAACUGGAAUGAGAGGCCUGGGUCUGUCUCCUGCCUUAGCAGGCCUAUCAAUUUCUUGUCAGUCUCUUUUUCUCCUUGCUCAUAUUAAGAGGAAGCAUGGAGUUCUAAUGCUCCCAUAGACUAUGUAUUUUGGCAAGACACUUCACUACUCCAGGUCUCACUUUCCCCAUCUGUAAAACAGGGUUUGGACUAGGUGUUCCCUGGUAUUCUGUGAUUUGCCUCUUGCUGCCAUUCUUUCUCUCCUCUGCUUCUCUGUAUUUUUCUUCUGUUAUCCCUGGGGGUGCUCAGGUUCACUCGAUUGUCUGUAUUUCUCUGUGGUUGUAGCAAGGACUCAGCCUCAUGUAGCAUGAAUAGGGGUGUGGUUCAUGACGUGUUGACCCAGCAGAGAGCUCCCUCUCACUGACUUGUUCUGCAUGUGUAGAGUCUCCCCAUUUUUUUUAACCCAACCCUUUCCCCUUUUUCCUACCCUACAGCUCUGUUCCAUGUAAGCUGCCAACAGUUUCACUGAACAGUGGGGUAUGUGAUGGUUUUGGCAUGACAUCUUCAGUAUGAGGGGGACAGUCUGACUUCACUUUGAGGGUGUGAUGUCUGUAGCUAUGUGGAAGGUAAAAAUAGUGGUGUGAUUAUGAACCAAAGGAAUUUAUGUUUUGUAACUUGGGUACUUUAUUUUGCAUUUUGUUAUAGUAUUAAAAAUACUUUUUUCCUGUU